GGGGCAGGAUUUGGCAGCUGAGAGCGGUGGUGGGAGUGGGACUGGGACCGGGACCGUCCGCGUCCACACACGCCGAGACCCGGGGUUACAGGAGUUGAAGAGAAAACGGCUUGUUGCAAUUGUCCGUGCUCAGCUGCCCAGGAUGUCGGCGACCAUCGAUCCCACUUUGAAGAGUCGCGAAGAGCUGGAUGCAGAGCUGGACCGGAGGAUCGAAGCUCUGAGGAAGAAGAAUGAAGCUCUGAUGAAGAGGCACCAAGAAAUCGAGGAGGAUAGGAAGAAGGCGGAAGAGGACGGCAUCUCGGUGACCAACCGGCGACCCAAGUAUGAGGGGGAGAACGACGAUCGCAAGCAGAAUGGGAAGGGAAUCGCCACAGUGACCAGUGACCCCAUCAAACCCCCCGCGGAGAGACAGGAGAGGCAGGAGAGACAGGAGAGGCAGGAGAGGCGAGCGCCGAACGACAGGAGGUCGCGGGGCGGGAUGGAGUCGCCCGGCCGGCGCGGGUGGGCCGGGAACGUCGGGACACCGGGAGCCAGGCCUGCCUCCGACACCGCCCCCCACUACACCUCCCCCGGCAACCGGCCCGACAGGACGCCCCGGGCUGAAUGGACCGAGCGGGGCCCCCGAGAAUUCCCCGACGGUCCUGAGGGUCCUGAGGGGGACCGGAGGGGACGCGGGAGGAGGGGACGAAGAGGAGGAGGAGGAGGAGGUGGAGGAGGAGGAAUUGACGGAGGAAUCCCUACUGGAGUUUUGCCUCCGGACCGGAGAGUAAAGGAAUGGGAAGAGAAGAGAAGACAGAACAUCGAGCAGAUGAACGAAGAGAUGGAGCAGAUUGCAGAGUACGAGAGAGGCCAGAUGGGCGGAUCCGGGGAGAAGAAUCCCAUGCGGAACUUCCUGGACGAUCCUCGGCGUUUGGGAUCGCUUCCUGACGGCGACCGGAAGGACGGCAGCCGGCGCCACGUGCGGAACUGGGGCGGCCCCGACUUCGACAAGGUGAAGACCGGUGUGGACUGGAGCAAGGACCGGCAGCAGGUCCGGCGCUCGGAUCCCAAGGAUUCCUUUGACAUCACCCUGUCCAUGACGGGCCGGGAGAGGGCGGAGUACAUGAGCUGGAAGAAGGAGCGGGAGCAGAUCGACCAGGAGAGGCUGGCCCGGCAUCGCAACGCCACGGGGCAGUGGAAGCGCGAGUGGGACGCGGAGAAGACGGAACCCAUGUUCAAAGAGAGUUCUCGUCCUACUGAAGAAGACAGCAGUGUCAGAGGUCUGAAGAACUCUAAGAAAUCAUAUUCAAGUAGCAGGCGCACAGAUGAUCAAAAACCACCCAAGCCACCGACGGUUUCCGACUUCAUCUUUCAAUCCCAAAAUAAGGAUGCCAAGAGAGGGAGAGACAAACGUAGAGAGAAGAACUACAGCAUGCACGAUGACCGAUGGGAAACACCAGAAACUGAACAAGAGGAAAAAAAGGAAAAGGAAUCUAAGCCAGAACCUGCCCAAGGUCCAGCUCGAGCUGAGGUCAAGGUCAACGCGGACCAGACUCCGGCAGAUAUUCCCGAUGAUGCGGACGAAGACCAGUGGGAAGACGCCAGCGACAGUGAAGAGGAGAUAGUGGGUGAAGAUGUGUCGGGCAGCGAGGAGGAGGAGGAGGAGGAAGAGGAGGAGGUGGUGGUGCAGACCACUGAGGAAACGAAGAAAGAUGGUGGUGGGAUGAAGGAGCAGAAAGUGGCGGCAGAAGUGGCGAUUACGGAGCGAGGUCCAGAGGUUGGACCCAAAGGGCAGCGAAUGAGGAAAGUCGUGGAUGCGCCCAAGCUACGCAUCCCCCCGGCGGAUGUGUCCCAAGAUGCUGCAGACACGGAGAGCAAACCGCUGAGCCCAUUCUCGCUGGACGGCUACCAGCCGGUCAAAGACUGGGCAGAGGAGAUGGAGGUCGCAUCGCCAAGGACCAGCGUGGAACAGAACCCCCUGCAGACGGCCACCACCUCCCAGGACCACGGCCAGCCUAAUGUAUUGUCGUUGUCAGUGGACGCCCCCACUGACUGUGGAUCGAAUGCCUCCCUUGUCUGCACUGGGCAGGAGCCCGCGGCUACAGCCGAGGUCAACGGGAAUGCAGGCGGCGUUCCCGCUGGCGAGAUCGUGGAGGAGGAAGUAGAGCGCACCACUGAAGAGGCGGCCACCAUGGAGGCAGCAGAGGGAGCGGAGCAAGGUUCGAGAGCAGAGGUCGACCUACAAGCAGGUGAAGCCUUGGAACUCGCGAGCAAAACGUCUGUGGGAGCAGAUCGCGUGCAGGAGAGUGAGCCCAUCUCAGGCUGACUCCAGUGGUUGGGCUGAUGACCUUUCGGACGAAGACCUCUGCUCCAACCCUACUGAGAAAAGGCAUGGGGCAACAGAUUGAAACAUACCCUGUCAACACCUCCCAAGGCACCUGAGAGAGGCUGUGGGAAUCUGAUUUAAUUGAAUUGAAUACAUUAUUGUCACGGUGAAAUUCCCAUGGUAUGCAAAGAGUCGCCACCUAAAGGGCACCGACAAAGUUCCAAAGUGUCCCGCACCAGGUCUUCCUUUGUUCUUCCCCCCCCCCCCCCCACCUCACGUGGUCCCCCCCACGCUGGGACAAUAGACAAUAGGUGCAGGAGUCGGCCAUUCGGCCCUUUGAGCCAGCACCGCCAUUCAAUGUGAUCAUGGCUGAUCAUCCCCAAUCGGUAUCCCUUUUCUGCCUUCUCCCCAUAUUCCCCUGACUCCGCUAUCUUUAAGAGCCCUAUCUAUCUCUCUCUUGAGAACCUGCCUCCACCGCCCUCUGAGGCAGAGAAUUCCACGGACUCACAACUCUGUCCUUCCUCAAUUAGGGCACACAAUACUCCAGGUGUGGUCUCACUAGGGCUCUGUACAACUGCAGAAGGGUCCUCAUUUUGUUGGCAUGAAGUUUGUAAAACCUCAGACAUAUCUAUCACAUUUACACCAAAGAACUGGUGCACUAUGUUCCCAAUUAAUUGUAUCUUAAACUGCAACCUCUUCCUGCAUUUUGUUCUGCCACCAGCACAAAACGUGUAACAAAUUAGAAGUGCCUUUCACUGUAAGCGGACAGGGACGAGUGGAGUUGUAUAUUAUCUUCAUCUAAACCAUCCAAUGCUAUACGGUAAUAAACAAUUUGUGUUGUCCACUUGAAUGGACUUGCUGAUGAA